AUGCAGGAAGCAAUAGUUAAAUACGUUAAGGGCGAAAGUAGAAUCAAUAAGAUGAAGCUAUUUGUUCAUGGUAGGUCAUUAGGGGGAGCAGUUGCAAUAUAUACAGUUUAGUAAUAUCCAGAACUAUUCAGGGGUAUGAUAAUCGAAAACACUUUUACUAGUAUCGAAGAUAUGGCUGAUUAGCUAUUUUUCUUCGCAAGGCAUGUAAAGUAAUAUAUUUUAAGAAAUCAUUGGAGAUCCAUUGAUAUUGUGGAUUAAAUUACAUUACCAGCUCUCUAUGUCACUGGAGAUGCUGAUGAACUUGUCCCUUUUGAAAUGACUUAAGUAUUGUACUAAAGAAGCAGGAAUACUAAAUUUAAGAAUAUUUAUGUUGUAAAAGGAGGAACUCAUAAUGAUACUUGGUAUGUUGGAGGUCAAAGAUAUCUCGAUAAACUAGAAGAAUUUAUUUGGAAAGCAUUAAACGCAGUUAAAGAAACUAGUACAGAUAAGUAAUAAGUAAAAAAUGAAUAAUCAGAGUAAUAAGAUAUUAAGGAUUAAAGAGAAACUGUGAUUAACACUUAGGAAUUAUGA